AUGUCGUUAGAGGGGGUCUUGCGACACGAGGGCGCCCGUGAUAGCCACGAAAGCCCCAGCCCGCCUCCGCCCGACUUUCAUCAAAAGAUUAAGAACGACGACAACACGCCCGUCAACAACGACCAUCCUGUCGACGACACCCCUAUGCCCGAUACAGAAGCAACCGACAACACACAACUUGUCUCUGCCGACCACAACGAUGCUUUCGACUCCGACUCUCCUCUGAGCUCUGAAGACGAGAUUGAAUUAGACGCGUCCGAUCGCCCUUCAACACCACCGGCCAACAACUCUAAGAAGCGGAAGCUUGCCGACAUCCAGUCUGCCUCUAGAUCGCGAUCCCUUUCGAAGCCUGUCUCGCCGCCAUGGAAGUCGUUUGCUGCAGAAGGUCCCACUACAAUCUUGGACAAUGGAAAGAGAAGAUCAGGUCGUGUCAAUGCUCCAGCUCCCCCUGUCUUCGACAAGGCUACGCCCAAGAACAAGAAGCCUGUCGCAAAGACUCCGGCAAGCAAAGUUUCGGCCCUGAAGAGUGCUCAAACUGCUCAACAGACAAGUCAGCCCAAGCAAAAGGAAACCCCUGUCCCCAAGCGCGAGAAAACUCCGCCACGUCCAUCGCGCGUCUCUGCCAGAAUCAAGAACCUCGAAGCAUCGCCUGAACUUGUCAAGAAGNAAGACCCUGCUCCUCCGUCACAAUCUCCACAAGCAAAGCGCAAAGCUGGCCGUCCAGCCAAAGCUGAAGCUCAACCUCUGGCUGAUUCGCAACCUCCUGCUUCGUCCGACCCAGCCGACUCGACACCGCGCAUCAAGCUUAAACUCAAGCGACCACAAUUCUCCUUCUUACCUCGCCAUCCGAGUCAUGUUAUCAACCCACCACGUUUCCAGUCUCUCGACGAUAUAAUCGCCCAUUAUGACCAGAAGAGUAAGGAUGCUGCCUAUGAAAGCAAGGAAGAUGAUCGGUACCAAGGUCUUGAGCGUCGUGCGCCGGAAAGAGUCGAACAGGCACCCGAAGAGCGAGCUGAAAAGGAGGCUUUGGCACGUUUGAGAAUUCUGGAAGCCGCCCAGCCAGGUGGUCCUUUGAGCGAAGAGAAGAGUUCGAUCUACCUGCCAGAUGAUCAGAAAGAGCCUGCGCAACAAUACAACCACUGGGACCAUCUAUGGGCUCACGGUGCCUUCUUGAAAUCUUUGAUGGAGAAGGAGAAGCGUGCGCAUAUGGACAGUGCCAAAAGAGUCGCAUACGCUUGUUUAGCAAGAUGGAAAGAAAGACAGCCUCAGACUGAAGAAGAGAAGGAGAAGCAGGAGAACGAGUGGUACAAACUUAUUUAUCGCCAAACUGUCAAAGACGUUCAACGAAAAUGGGAGCUUGUUGGUGCUGAAAUCGAUCGCCGGAGAGCAUUGCGUUACGAGGAAGAGCAAAGGAUCGAACGAGAACUCAAGAUGCAGAGUAUGCUGGAGAAGUCGACAAAUUUGCUGGAUAAACGUCGUGUACUACUGGAUUCUGGUCUAUCUGUGGACGGCGACGACGAUGAUGUCGACGAUAUUAGCCUCAGCGAAGGUGCCUCUGGCGAUGAAGAAGGAUCAGAUGCAUCCAGCCAGGACCUCGACGAAGAUCACCGCAUGACCUCAUCCGAAUCUGAAGGCAGUGAAGGUGAGGAAGAGGAAGACGACGAUGCAAAUCUGUCUCCAGAAGCCCUACGCCGCAAGUACAGCAACAUACCAGAUUUACCGCAAGAACAAUCCGAAGACGAUGCUAGCGACAUAGAAAACGAUGAAGACCAAGAUACUAUCACGCUAGCCACGACGAAAAACAAUCUGGAUGAAGACGAUGACGAAGCCGGGACCGAUGACGAGGAAGAUAAUGAAAAUCAUAUUCAAGAGGAACGAGAUUAUUCCAAAAUCCAGCUUGACGAGGUGGAUGAUGCGCUUCUGGACGACAGCGACGAGUCUACCAACAUGAGUGAUGAAGAUAUGAGCGAUGAGGAAGAAAACGAAGAGGAUGAUGAAGAGGAGGAUGAGAGUGAGAGCGAAGAUGAUGGCGGUCUGCUUGGCUUCUUUGGUGGACGCAAAGCUCUGGUCAAAGAGAGUCAGACUACUUCAGGUGUUGAAGCAUCAGAGGACGCUGAGGAAAUGGCCCGGCAGCAAGACGAACCACUCGAAAAAGACCAAGAUGACGCCCCGGACGUACUCGCCAAUACCAUUCAAGAUUCUGCUGAUCAAGCUGAGCCCAGGCAGACGAACGGUAUUCCUUCCGAGGAGGCAGACGCUGAAGACAACAAAGAAAGUGACAUGGAUGCGCCAGAAGCUAUGGAAAUCGACGGGAGCUCUGAUGUUGCGACACCACUCCAAAACAACCUCCAAAAGCCUUCCGCCAUAAACUCCAAACCUGCAGUGUCAAUUGAUGUAUCUGAGGAGAAAUCGACUGCCUCAGCAGGACAGGAACACCCACAAGCUCUUUCGGCGGACAUGGACACUGAAAAUGAUGCUCCUCAGAAAGUUCAUGCUCAUUCUCUCAGUCCCCACCACAACAUGCUGUCAGCAGACUCGCACGCAGAGGAUAGAAGCAGUCAAACUUCUCCCAAGGACGACACCACCAUCGAACCCACGGAAGCUGAAUCGACCACUAGCGUUGAUCUUGAUGAAGCUGACAGGAUGUCCGAAACUGAUGAGACGCCACAGCCUGGAAAGUCCUCCAAGGUCAAAAUUCCUUCUCUGCUCAGAGGCACACUAAGAGAAUAUCAGCACGAAGGUCUCGACUGGCUUGCGAAACUAUAUGCUAAUCAGACUAAUGGUAUCCUCGCCGAUGAGAUGGGUCUUGGCAAGACAAUUCAGACCAUUGCUCUGUUAGCUCAUCUCGCAGAGGAACAUCACAUUUGGGGCCCUCAUCUGAUUGUCGUACCUACCUCGGUUAUUCUCAACUGGGAGAUGGAGUUCAAAAAGUUCUUGCCUGGCUUCAAAGUUCUGUCAUACUACGGCUCUGUUGAGGAAAGAGCACAGAAGCGCAAAGGCUGGAGCAACCCCGAUAUUUGGAAUGUUGUCAUCACUUCUUACCAACUCAUCUUGAAGGACUUGCCAGCCAUCAGAGUUCCCGAGUGGCAUUACAUGAUUCUGGAUGAAGCGCACAACAUCAAGAACUUCAACUCACAACGUUAUCAAGCUAUGAUCAGACUCAAGACACAUGCACGUCUCCUGUUGACUGGUACGCCUCUGCAGAACAGCAUCAUCGAGUUAUGGUCACUUCUUACUUUCUUGACUGCUGGUCAAGAUGGUCAAGGUAUGGGCGAUCUUGAAGAGUUUACAGAGUGGUUCCGCAGACCUGUGGACGAGAUCUUCGUUGACGGUAAGAGCAAGCUUGGUAACGAAGCUCAAGACAUUGUCAACAAGUUGCACCACUCGCUUCGCCCUUACCUCUUGCGUCGCCUCAAGUCUUCAGUCGAGAAACAACUUCCUGGCAAAUACGAGCAUACGGUCAUUUGCAGAUUGUCCAAGCGACAACGCCAGCUUUACGAUGCGUUCAUGGGCCUUUCCGAUACCAAGGCGAAGUUGACGUCUGGCAAUAUGAUCAGUGUGUCGCAAGCGUUGAUGUCAUUAAGAAAAGUUUGUAACCACCCGGAUUUGUUUGAAGAGCGUCCUAUUGUCACUUCAUAUGCCAUGAAGAAGCCUUACACACGUCAACCUCGGUCAAUUGCAGCAGAUUUCGAGAUCAAAGACUUGUUUCUGCGAAGAAAGAUGCUCUAUGAAGACCCGCAUGAAGUACUUGAUCUAAACUUUNUGAGUCUCAAUUUGUCGAGUCGAGAGUCAAGAUCAAGAUAUCAUGUUAGACGCAGCAAGCAGCUCAGGGCCAGUCGGGCUAUGGAUCAGAUUGUCCGCAGAGAAGUUGAGAGACUAGGCUCUAGCUCUCUUGACAGUUCUUCUUUCAGUUCAGUUAUCGGCCAGCAGAACCACAAGACCGCGAUGGAUAAGCUGAAUCGCUUGCGUCAAUGUGCUUUCCUGACUGAACAGCGGACAGAGUUUGCACCUGUAUACGGCACCGAUCUUGUUGAGAGAUGUACGACGUAUACGACUGAUCGUCUGCGGCAAUCACCACCUCGAGACAAGGCUUUGCAUUCCGAAUGGUACCUAGACUCCUCUUCUAUGAUCCAAAACAUGGUCAAGAGCGUCGACCAGAGAUCCGAGGCAAUGAAUGUUCUCAUCCGCAAGUUCGCAUGCAUCACUCCCAAUGCUGUGGCGUCCGACAUCCUGCCAUACAUGGUUCCGCGCAACACUAUCCACACUGUUCAGUCAGUCUCACAAUCACCAGAGCCAGACGCCUUCCACGAAUCUCGUGUACGUCUAUCUAUUGCAUUCCCUGACAAACGCCUUCUUCAAUACGAUUGCGGCAAGCUGCAACGACUCGCAGAUCUGCUCCGCGAACUGCAGUCCCGUGGUUCCCGCGCACUGAUAUUCACCCAAAUGACUUCGGUUCUCGACAUCCUCGAACAGUUCUUGAACAUUCACGGAUACCGCUAUCUCCGUCUUGACGGUAGCACGAGAAUUGAACAACGCCAAGAUAUGAUGGAGCGCUUCAACCGCGAUACUCGUAUUGACGUCUUCAUCCUCUCGUCUCGCUCUGGAGGUGUGGGCAUGAACUUGACUGGUGCUGACACAGUCAUCUUCUAUGAUCUCGAUUGGAACCCGCAGAUGGAUAAGCAAUGUCAAGAUCGUGCUCAUCGUAUUGGACAGACUCGUGAUGUUCACAUUUACAAGUUUGUGUCUGAGCACACCAUCGAAGUCAAUAUCCUGCGCAAGUCCAACCAGAAGCGUUUGCUAGAUGAAGUCGUCAUCCAAGAGGGAGAAUUUACGACUGACUACUUCAAUGCUCCUGCCGCUACCGUCGACGAUGAAGCUCUAGGAGACGAAUUCGCAGGAGCCGCUGUAGAAAGAGUGUUCGGCAACAAUGUCGGCGAACACAACGUCCAAANNAAAGUGCUCGAGGCGGUAGAAGACGCAGAAGAUGUUGCUGCUGCUCACGCCCAACAAAAAGAAGGUCAAGCCGAUGACUUUGACUUCGACGCCGGCGGCAACAACACCACAGGAAACCAAAGCAGAGAUUCGAGGACACCAAAGACUAGUGUCCCUCCCACGCCUGCUGAACCUGCCGAUGCGAUGGACGUCGACGAAGCCCAGAACGGAGAAGAAGAAUUCGGUCAUGUCGAUUCCUACAUGCUCGGUUUCCUGGACUGGGCACUCAAAGAUGUGAAAUAUGUUCCUCCUCCCGACAAGAGCAGACGUGGAAGAUUGGACAAGAACGGAAGGGAUCGUAGUCAUCGACCCCGUGUACGGUAA